CAAAUACAUUACUUUUUCAAAACAGAAAGUAAAAGUGAUUUUGUUUCGCAGAAAAACCCAUUACUAAUUUAUGAAUGAAAUAAAACCACGUAUAUACCAUUUUAAAAACAAGUGCAGAAGUAAAGUUCAGGUUCUCGUAUAUCACUCAGCUAAGUCUGACAUGGACAUUCUGCACCACUAGCCUCUACACUCUGCACUUGCUUCGGCCCAGAGGUAUCUUUACUACUUUCACGCGACUCGAUACUUGCAGCACUAACUAUGAUUAGCCAAUCAGAAUAAGCCAUGGCUACUAAAAGGCCACCACCAGUAGGCAGUGAACACUACGAUGAGGAAAGCCACAUCCAGUGGAUGCUGGAGGCAUGUUUCGAGUAUAUUGUGAAAUCAUUAGACUGGAGAGACUUAUUAGCCUAUCCAUACUUUAAAACAGAUGACAUACGGAAAUUUAAAGACGUAUAUAAGAAUGGUGGAUCUACAGAUGCUACCAGAAAGAUGCUGUUGCACAUUCAGCAACUCAAGCAGCCUGAUAGAUUUUCUCGCCUCGUAGCUGAGGUGGAGGAUUCUGAAAACUCAAAAGUGCUUACAAUCCUUAAGGCAGAACAAUUUCCAAUUAUGUUUGAGAGCAACUCAAAGGAAGUAUUGAAGAAGAACCUUCAAUUCAUCGGUGCCUACGUGGAGCUUAUCGAGAUCUUACCAGUUCUUGUCGCUUGUAAACUUAUAAGUGACAGAGAAGCCAAAGAUAUUAGAACAACAUGCAACUCAACGAGUUCAUUUAAAGCCGCUCUGGAUUUGAUGUUACUUGUGACAAAUAAAGAAGAGUAUUGGCUCCCAAAGUUUCUGCUGUUUUUGAUCGUGCAUUCAGGAGAAUACUCUUAUAUUGCGAACAAGAUCGACCCACAUCUCACUGAAGCACUUGAAAAAGAAGACAUUUUUCUCCCUGGUUGGUCAGUGGAGGGAUUUAUUGCACAAUACCGAGGGGACUUGUCAUCUUUACGUACAAUUAAUCCCUUUCACUCAACAAGCUCUGGGGAAGGACCCCAAAUAAAAAAACUUCGUUCAUACUACGACGAUGCGAACCAUAUACACGCUAAUGUACUUCUUGUGAUGAAAAACACAUCUACGGACGAACAGUGGAAAUUAUGUAAAAAGGCGUGUAAGGAUCAAUACGAGUGCACUGAAGACGGUUUUGAAACGAAUUCAGAGUGUUUUGUAGUUUACUUACCAGUUGACGAUGAAAACUGGGAAGGUGAGGAAAUCGAAUUCAAAUUAAGGAAGUAUCAGCAAGAGUUAGCUGCUCCUGCUAUUGAGGGAAAGAACGUUGUCAUCGUGGCACCGACUGGCUCAGGGAAAACUAGAGUUGCGUACAAAAUAAUACAGGAACACAUUCAGCGACUUCAAGGUCACGGGGUACCAAAGGUGGUGUUUUUGGUUAACCAGGUGGCUCUAGCAAACCAACAGGGAAAAGAGUGCAAGAAACUACUGCCCAUGUACAAGUGUCACACAAUAACGGGAGAUGCACAGAGAAAUAAAAGAGAAUACUUGAACGAUUUUAUGGACAAGCGUGACAUUCUUGUUGUGACUGCGCAGGUGCUAUUUGAUGCGCUUGUCAGGAAAGAGAUCGAGAGUAUUUCCCGAUUCUCGCUGAUAAUAUUCGACGAAUGUCAUCUCACGCAGGCUAACCAUCCUUACAACCAGAUCAUGGGACUCUACUUGGAACUGAAGUUCUCAAAACAACAAGUGGAUUUACCGCAGAUCGUGGGUUUGACGGCAUCAGCGGGUGUCGGAAAAGCGCGUGACGUGGGGAAAGCCGUCGACCAUAUUAAGCGCCUAAUGGCUAACAUUGACGCUCAUCUCAUUAGCACUGUGAUAAGCAACAUCGGGGAGCUAAGGGAAUACGUUAGUAUGCCUGACGAAGAGACGACGACUGUGGCAAGAAGAGCAAAUGACGUAUUUGGAAAAGCCGUGAUCAAACUGAUGACGAUCCUUGAGAGGAGAAUGGCGAAUUCUACUGUCGUGACAGGAAUGGCGGAGUUUGUUAAGAAAGAAAAAGAGUUAAAAGCACCUGCUGAGAAAGGAAACGCAGCCUAUACACAGUGGGUAAGCAAACUCAGGAAUGAGACUGCGAAACUGAAAGAUGACAAGGCCAGGAAGUUCCUGCAGCCAUGCCGGAGUCAUCUAAAGUACUACAACAAUGCCCUCAUCAUAUACAAUGAUGCCCGCGUCGAAGACGCACUGAGAUAUCUCGAGCAGAAAAUGGCCCGCUGGAAAAAAAAGGCUCUAAACAUGGAUCUGAACGAAAAGCUCAUCUACGAGGCGUACAAAAAAUUGAAGAAAGUUCCACUGGAUACAUCCAGUGAAAAUCCUAAACUUGAGAUGUUUCGAGAGAUGAUUAUGUCUUCAUACAGCCGAAGUGAUAUAGAAAAUUCUCGUGGAAUUGUUUUCGUGAAGACACGGGAGUUGGCGCAUGCAAUCAUAAGUUGGAUGAAAGACACACCGGGACUCCGGGAGUUGAAUCCGACCCAUUUCGUGGGACAGGACACCAUUAUAAGCUCUUUUAAAGGCUUUAUGACAAAGGCUAAACAAGAUGAUGCGCUGAAAUAUUUCCGUGAAGGCAAGCAUAAACUGAUAGUCGCAACGUCCGUCGACGAGGAUCGGUUAAACAUCACUAAAUGUAACCUGGUCAUCCGUUACGACCAUGUGACCAACGAAAUCUCUAAAAUUCAGUCGAGAGGUCGAGAUAGGGCAGCAGACAGCAAAUAUGUGGUGAUAGCGGAGAAAAAAAACAAGAAUGGCAGAGAAGGAGGAAUUGAACAUGAUCAGAGAGGUCAUGAUGCGGCAUGCCAUCAUUCAACUGCAGGCAUACAUAGGAAGCAAUCCGGACAAAUUUCAAGAGGAAUUAUUAAAGCUUCAAGAGGAGGCCACUCUGGAAAAGAAACUGAGCCGUCUCGGAAGAAAGCGUCUUACGAUGAGAGCUGGACAGUUCGAUCUGUAAUGCUUUCGAUGCGGAGCGUUUAUCUGCAUGUCCGACAGCGUGAAGAAAAUCCAAGAUGCCCACCAUGUUGUUGUCGACGAAUCCUUGAUAGAACGAGUGAUCUGCAGCGAUAAGGACACGCGGGGUUUCAAAGACGAUGAUGUGCAGUUAUGCGGGAAAAUCUCCUGCAAAGAAUGCGAUGGAAAUCUCGGUGUGAUUUGUAUUUACAAAAGCUUGGAAUUUCCGGUUCUGAAAAUUGAGAAUUUUUUGCUCGUUGAUGUGAACGGCCGCCAGACGACAUGCAAACAGUGAAAGAAAGUACCUUUCGUUGUUGAAGCACUUGGAACGGAGGAUUUCAAAGAGAUAAUUAAAAACAGGGGUGAAAAUGGACAGAUGUGAAAUAAGGAAGAUUAUGGGUGGUAUUGGCUUCUUUGGGCAUGUUUUACCAACCUUCGGACGCAAUUAUCAUCCCUACACAGAAAUUUAAAAUCGCAGUUCGCAAUUUUAUUUACUUAUAACUUUAAAAAAUAAUCAAUGCAUGCGUUGUAUUUAUUAAUAUAUCAUUGAAAAACUGUAAGUUACAGGAAUGUGUGUCUAAUUAAGAAAUUCUAGGAAUUAAAAAAAUUCUAGGAAUUUAAAACACGAUCCUUAAUUGUGAAAGUAUCCAAGUGAACCAUGGCGCAAAACUGUUUGUUGAUUUUAUUUUGAUUAAUGCUUUGGGCUCCAACAUGGGCACGUUAGUUAAACCCUCCUAAAUUUCUACAUUAGGUACAUAAGUUUUGCUUGCAAUUCUCAGUAAAUUGAUCAACAUUUUAUUUAUGAAUUUGAAUUGUUGUUGGUAUUGUUUUUAUAAGAGUUUAUGUGUUGGUUACCAAAGCUCAUAUGUGUCUUUAAGUUAGGCAAAUGUCGGUGUCAUGUUAGAACUUACUCCCCAUUGUAAGUUUAUACCAGCCCCUGCUGACCUCUCCAAAUCAACACAGUAAAAUUGAAAAUUGAUUGAAAUACGAAUGAUUUUUUUCACAUAUUUAAAUUGCUCGUGGUGUUGACAAUAUUUUGUGAAAAAAAUGUAUUCUAGCCUUUGUUUGAAGAUUAUCUACUAAUUCUUUUCAUUUGAAUGUAUUUUUCAUUGUCAAUAACAAUAUAUGUAUUAAAAUAGUUGGUGAUACUUUGGUUGCCGCAAAAAUUCCGGUUUUUACUGCCACAGUGCUAAUGAUACCGCCAGAAUUCAAAUCAGAUAUUUUAUUAGAUUUUUUUUGCCCUGUCCAUUUGUGAGCGCCUGCCGGUAUGCUGACAUCAAAAAACGUCAAGAUUUUGGGUUAAACGGGGAAGGUUGUGAAAUAUGGAAAUAUUAAAAGCAAUAUCAGACUUGUCAAUUUUUAUCUUAUGCUAUACUCAUUAAUGACAUUGAUUACCGCAUAAGAGGAUGAAGUCAUAAUUAACAAAUAUAUUAAGUUUAAGUUUUUUUUGCAUAUUUUUGUUAAAUUAAAUUUAAUUAAUUGGACUUAAAUAAAGAAAACAAUGCCUUAUCUCAUUUGGGCAUUAUUGUCAUAAAAUGUUGUACCGGUAAUUACAUAUUUUGUGAUAGACUGUAUCAACAUAAAAAACAACAUAAUUAUGUAAACGAAGUCACUUAUUAUCUAUAUAAAAGUAUGCCCAUUUGACGUUUUAUUUGGUAUUUAUUUUGAUUAAGUUUCGCUUUAUUAUUUUUUAUUGAUUCAUUAAAAUAAAUGUGUUACAUGCUUACAGCAAAAUAUCACCAUUUGAAGCUUU